GAUAAUCGUGCUUUAUUCCCAAUAGCGACUCAACCGAACAGAAGGAAUCGAUGGAAGAUCCGUUCACGCCUACCGGAAUGAUAGAGUGCGAUAUUCCGAAGUCUGGAGAAGUGAUGACCGAAUGUUGCCCGGCGUCGCCAACAACUGUUCCUGCCAAAUCAAACCGUUCGAAUUCGUCUGGCUCUCAGAUCCGGUCACCAAAACCUCGCCGCCAGCGAACCACAUCGGUUAAUCAGAAUACAAUCAACUCGAAUGAAGCGAUAAUAAGGUCCAAUAAUCGGACAAUUUAUACAGCAGGCAGACCCCCGUGGUACAAUUGUGCCGGUCAACAAGUUGAACCUUUCGUAAUAGGAAUAUGUGGUGGAAGCGCCUCAGGAAAAACUACCGUUGCACAAAAGAUAAUCGAGAGCUUGGAUGUUCCAUGGGUUACACUGUUAUCGAUGGAUUGCUUCUACAAAAUCCUCAAUCAGAAACAGCACGAGCAGGCCAUACGCAAUGAGUAUAACUUUGAUCAUCCGGAUGCGUUCGAUAUUGAGCUGAUGAAAGAUGUUCUGCAGCGCCUCAAAGAAGGCCGCAAGGUUGAAGUUCCAGUUUAUAAUUUUGUGACUCACUCAAGAGAGAUACACACGCAUGAAAUCAAUCGCAACGAAACGACGAAAUGA